AUGGACCUGAGGGAUUUUUACCUGUUGGCUGCUCUGAUUGCCUGUUUAAGGCUGGAUUCCGCAAUAGCUCAAGAACUUAUUUACACUAUUAGAGAGGAAUUGCCUGAAAAUGUGCCCAUAGGAAACAUACCAAAGGAUCUGAACAUUUCUCACAUCAAUCCUGCCACAGGGACCAGCGCCAGCCUUGUCUACAGACUGGUUUCUAAAGCUGGGGAUGCCCCUUUGGUGAAAGUAUCCAGUAGCACUGGGGAAAUUUUCACAACCUCCAAUAGAAUAGACAGAGAAAAACUCUGUGCUGGAGCCUCUUAUGCUGAGGAGAAUGAGUGUUUCUUUGAACUUGAGGUGGUGAUCCUCCCCAAUGAUUUUUUCAGGCUGAUCAAAAUAAAAAUAAUUGUCAAGGAUACCAAUGAUAAUGCCCCCAUGUUUCCAUCUCCUGUCAUCAAUAUUUCCAUCCCAGAAAACACUUUGAUCAACAGCCGCUUUCCAAUUCCAUCAGCAACAGAUCCUGACACAGGCUUCAAUGGUGUACAGCAUUAUGAAUUGUUAAAUGGGCAGAGUGUUUUUGGACUGGAUAUCGUGGAAACUCCGGAAGGAGAAAAGUGGCCGCAAUUGAUUGUUCAGCAAAACUUGGACAGAGAACAGAAAGAUACCUAUGUGAUGAAAAUCAAAGUAGAGGAUGGAGGCACCCCACAAAAGUCCAGCACCGCCAUCCUGCAGGUCACAGUAAGUGAUGUAAAUGACAACAAACCAGUAUUUAAAGAGGGCCAGGUGGAGGUGCAUAUUCCAGAGAAUGCUCCUGUGGGCACCUCUGUAAUUCAGCUCCAUGCCACUGAUGCAGAUAUAGGCAGUAAUGCUGAAAUCCGGUACAUUUUUGGUGCCCAGGUCGCGCCUGCAACCAAAAGACUCUUUGCUUUAAAUAAUACUACUGGGCUGAUUACAGUUCAAAGGUCCUUAGACCGAGAGGAGACGGCCAUUCACAAAGUGACAGUACUGGCUAGUGAUGGCAGCUCUACUCCUGCUAGAGCAACGGUUACCAUCAAUGUCACUGAUGUAAAUGAUAACCCUCCGAACAUAGACCUCAGGUACAUUAUAAGUCCCAUCAAUGGCACCGUGUAUUUGUCUGAGAAAGAUCCUGUCAAUACAAAGAUUGCCCUCAUUACAGUUUCAGAUAAGGACACAGAUGUGAAUGGCAAAGUGAUCUGUUUUAUUGAAAGAGAGGUCCCAUUUCAUUUGAAGGCAGUAUAUGACAACCAAUAUUUGUUAGAGACCUCCUCUUUGUUGGACUAUGAGGGCACCAAAGAAUUCAGCUUUAAAAUCGUUGCCUCUGAUUCUGGGAAGCCCAGUUUAAAUCAAACUGCUCUGGUAAGGGUUAAGCUUGAGGACGAAAAUGACAACCCACCAAUUUUCAACCAGCCUGUAAUUGAGCUGUCAGUUUCUGAAAACAACAGACGUGGGUUAUACUUAACAACUAUUAGUGCCACAGAUGAAGACAGUGGGAAAAAUGCAGAUAUUGUUUAUCAGCUUGGGCCGAAUGCCUCCUUCUUUGAUCUGGACCGAAAGACAGGAGUUUUGACAGCCUCUAGAGUCUUUGACAGAGAAGAACAAGAACGAUUCAUUUUUACAGUAACUGCCAGGGACAAUGGGACCCCUCCCCUCCAAAGUCAAGCGGCUGUGAUAGUUACCGUUCUGGAUGAGAAUGACAAUAGCCCCAAGUUUACUCAUAACCAUUUUCAAUUUUUUGUGUCUGAGAAUCUGCCAAAGUAUAGUACUGUGGGGGUAAUCACAGUGACAGAUGCAGAUGCUGGAGAGAAUAAAGCUGUGACUCUUUCCAUUCUAAAUGACAAUGAUAAUUUUGUGUUGGAUCCCUAUUCUGGAGUCAUAAAGUCAAAUGUCUCAUUUGACAGAGAGCAGCAGAGUUCCUACACUUUUGAUGUCAAAGCCACUGAUGGGGGAAAACCGCCCCGUUCCUCUACCGCAAAAGUAACUAUAAAUGUCAUGGAUGUCAAUGACAAUAGCCCUGUUGUUAUUUCACCGCCUUCUAAUACUUCUUUUAAGUUGGUGCCUCUCUCAGCCAUUCCUGGCUCAGUGGUAGCAGAAGUUUUUGCAGUGGAUAUCGACACUGGGAUGAACGCUGAACUUAAGUAUACAAUUGUGAGUGGUAACAACAAAGGCUUGUUUCGGAUUGAUCCGGUAACAGGUAACAUCACCCUGGAAGAAAAGCCAGCACCAACUGAUGUGGGCUUGCACCGAUUGGUGGUCAACAUAAGUGACUUGGGGUACCCCAAGUCUCUGCACACCCUCGUACUUGUUUUCCUUUAUGUUAAUGACACCGCGGGCAAUGCUUCCUAUAUCUAUGACUUGAUUCGCAGGACUAUGGAGACCCCGUUGGACAGAAACAUAGGGGAUAGCAGCCAACCCUAUCAAAACGAGGACUAUCUCACCAUCAUGAUCGCCAUCGUCGCAGGCGCCAUGGUGGUCAUCGUCGUGAUCUUUGUCACCGUGCUGGUGCGCUGUCGCCACGCAUCAAGAUUCAAAGCAGCUCAAAGGAGCAAGCAAGGUGCCGAAUGGAUGUCCCCAAACCAGGAGAACAAACAGAACAAGAAAAAGAAAAGGAAGAAAAGAAAAUCUCCCAAGAGCUCUCUUUUGAACUUUGUCACCAUCGAAGAGUCCAAGCCCGACGAUGCAGUUCACGAACCCAUCAAUGGGACAAUAAGCCUGCCGGCUGAGCUGGAGGAGCAGGGCAUAGGAAGAUUUGACUGGGGCCCGGCCCCUCCAACCACCUUCAAGCCGAACAGCCCUGACCUGGCCAAGCACUACAAGUCCGCUUCUCCACAGCCCGCUUUCCAUCUUAAACCAGACACUCCGGUUUCGGUGAAAAAGCAUCACGUGAUUCAGGAGCUCCCGUUGGACAACACCUUUGUCGGGGGUUGUGACACCCUUUCCAAACGCUCUUCCACUAGUUCAGAUCACUUCAGUGCCUCAGAGUGCAGUUCCCAAGGCGGCUUCAAGACAAAGGGCCCCUUACACACCAGACAGUGA